AUAACACUAAUAAAAUGAAUCUUGAAUUAUAUUCAGUACUUGCCGAAGUGGACAGAAUGGGGUUUCCAUUAGCCUAUAUGUUGCUGACCAUGGCUACUACAAUUAUUGAUGGCGUUCAUACUAAGAUAAUCACCCAAUUUUUUGAUAAAUUAUAUCACAUAGGAAUUAACUCAACCUUUGUUAUGACUGAUAAAGAUUCUGC